GGUGAAACAAAAGAAUGUUAAAACAUAUAGACCAAAUUUGUAAUUACGUCGAUAUUUAAUUUAGGGGCUGGUAGGCGGGCAACAUACCCUAAAUUGUAAAUUCCCAAUUGUUUGACAUUCUAAUUUGGUCUCUCCGAUCGUAUCUCCAUUGUGAAUGGGGAAACGUAAAAGGAGAUCUGUAACUUUUAAUGGAGAAGAUAGAAUCAGUAACUUGCCAGAGCACUUAAUAGACUCAAUCUUAGAGCGGGUCCCAUUUGAAGAUGCUGUAAAAACAAGCAUUAUAUCAAAAAAGUGGAGGUACAAAUGGACCUCAAUGAAGGUGUUGACUUUUGAUAACCACUUCAAUGCAAAAAUUGCAAAAAAUGGAGCUAUUGAUUACAAUGAAUAUAUAAGCACCAUAAACCAAGUGUUAAACCUUCACAAGGGUCCUAUCUCAAAAUUUGUUAUCCAUAUACCACCUAUGCUUCUUGAUAGCUUCGAAGAAAUUGAUGAAUGGAUGAUGUUGUUAUCAAGAAACAAUGCGACAAAACUCGUUCUUUAUAAUUCCAAUCGACGUUAUGAGCUUCCUUCUCAUGUGUUUUCAUGUUUAGGAUUAACAGAGUUGAUAUUGGAAAAUUGUUUCUUCAGUCCACCACUUCAGUUUGAAGGAUUUCAUAAUCUUGAAGAACUUUUUCUUCUGCAUAUUGAUUUUGGGAAGAGUUUAAGUGGAAAUCAGAUGAACUUACCACAACUUAAGAAUCUGCAUUUUCUUGAGUGUACGAAUGUUCACAAUUUCAACAUCAAGGCUACAAAGAUGAAAAGUUUGAUUCUAGUCACGUGUCCUGAUGCUAAUUUGCUACAAUUGUUGGAAAAUCCUUCUAUUGUUGUGUUUGGUGUAUCUUUUCGGACUUUUGAAGAUUUUGAUAGAUUUGAGAUGAUAAAUUCCAUCAGCUUUUUAAGUAGCUUAACAAGAAUUGAAGACUUCUUAAUCGAGGGUAAUUUUCUUAAGUUUUUGUCUACAGAAGAGAUUCCAAAGUGGCUUCCAUUAUCGAUGAACAGCUUAAAACGUUUAGUGCUGCAAGAUUUUGAAGUUGCUGAUUUGGAUCAACUUCAUGUUGCUCUUUGUUUGCUUCGAAACUCACCAAAUCUAGACACAUUACGUGUGCACUUUGAGGAGCCUCGAUAUUUUGUGGGCCUAGCUUUAGAUCAUUUCAAAGCUGCAAACUGCUUGGACUAUACUUUGAAACAGUUAAGGACUAUGGAGAUAACAUGUUUAGAAGGAUUAGAAGUGGAACUGCUUUUUAUAAAGCUUCUACUUGCUCAUUCACCUAAUCUUGAGAAUAUCUCCAUUACACCAAUUGGACGUCUGACUUUUCGAAGAAGAUUUGCGAUUGCUAGACAUGUUAUGAGUCUCCCUCGAGCAUCACCAAAAGCAGUAAUCAUCUACUUGAAUCCCGAGAAAUAGUUAUAUAAGAAUAUGUUCAACUUGAAAUUGUUGUUUAGCAUUAUGCUUUUCAUUGUUGUAAACAUAGUGGAAUUGGUUGUUUUUCUUUUUAUUCCCCUUGAUUUGUUUGACAUGGGUGAUUUUCGAUAGAAGUGUCAAGUAUGAUGGAUUUUUUUUAGUUUACAUUACUUCAAAUGGUUUA